AUGUAUUUUAAUGGAUCCAUUUUUUCCCUGAAAUUAACUCUGCACUCUUUGGACCUGCCUGAGACAUCAAUUUACCCUGCAUUCAUAUUUGGCACCACAACAUACUUGGCAAUUUUAGUCUGCAAUCUAACAAUUAUUAUAACCAUUGUCUUGAACAGAAAUCUUCAUAAACCGAUGUAUAUUUUGUUGCUAAACCUGCCUUUUAAUGACAUUAUGGGUGCUUCAACGCUUUUUCCUCAGCUUUUGUAUAGCAUAUGGACUCAUGACAGAUCCAUUUCCUACCCUGUCUGUGUUCUUCAAGGAUUUUGUGUGCACAUGUAUGGUAGCAUAUCUUACUCAACUCUUACCGCUAUGGCCUUUGACAGGUAUACUGCCAUAUGCUGGCCACUGAGAUACCAUGCCAUCAUGACCAAUGAUAACUUAGUGAGGAUUAUAACAGGAAUGUGGCUCUUUAAUAUUAUUAUCAUGUUUGUAAAUUUUGCUCUUCUAUUGCCUUACACGAUUUGUCAGACACAGAUUGCAGAUCUCAUCUGCUAUAACCCGAGGUUAAUGAAAAUUGUAUGUGAAAACACACAAGUGAACAACAUCUAUGGGUUGUUUACUUUAAUAUUAUACUUUGUUAUUUCAAUUUCUGUUGUGACUUUUACCUACAUUCAUAUUCUGAUCACUUGUGUUACAAAGAAGCAGUCUGAUGCAAAGAAUAAGGCCCUUCAAACGUGUGGUACUCAUCUGGUGGUCUUUCUGUUUUUGGAGUUCAACACCUUUUUUCCUCUUGUUGCACAUCGAUCUGAAUAUGUUCCAGCGUAUCUGCGCAGGGGUCUCUCUAUAUGUGUAUUUAUUUUUCCCCCCAUUGUAAAUCCACUCAUUUACGGUUUAAAAACCAAAGAAAUCAGACAGAAUAUUGCCACUUGUUUUAAGAGAAGGAUAAACAGUGUCUGA